AGGUGAAAGGCAUGCUGGCAAUGAAUGUGAUAAGUGCCAUUACAGCUGGUGUUGGCAUCGUACUCCUGUCUUUCAUACUCGGCUCCAUCCAUCCAUUUAAUUUCGCCUGGAGCUGCAACUAUAAUAGUUAUGACACUAAGGAAAAUUGUGCUGAAAUCGAGAAUAUCGGUAAAGGAAUAUUGGUUAUUCUUACUGUGUUCACCAUCCUGGAGUUUUGCAUCGCCAUCUCAGUAGCAUCUUUUGGCUGUAACAUGCUUUGCCGAGAUCCCUUCGCUGAAACGGUUGUGGUCAUUUAUCAGAAUGUGACACCUGCUAAUGCCGAACAACACCCACCCUUUGACUGCAAACAGCCAGUAAUUCACCCUUGAAUUGCUUUUCUUUCAUAGCAAGUGUUCCAGAGUGCUUUCGCCUCCUGCAGAUGGGAGCCUUCAACAUUUUAAAGGAAUUACACAGAACUUUUUAAUCAGUGGAACAUAAAGGACUUAAUGGACUAAGCAAAGGACCAUCUGUAAAAGAUCUUGAGGAUGUGAAUGCUCUUUGUUACUGGCUAAAGUAUCACUUGUGAACUGGCUGGCAUUUUAUACCAAAUUAUGGUUGCUGUUGGAAAAUAUGCGGUUGGCUGGGUUUAUACAACAUGUUUAUACAACAAGAGCUGUGGUGACACAGGGGUUAGAA